UCUAAACAACAAAAAUGGCUAUUACCGGACACCCCACCUCCCUUGACCAGUACAACGAGUUGAUCAAGAACAACAAGCUCGUUGCUGUUGACUUCCACGCCGUCUGGUGCGGUCCCUGCAAGGUUAUCGGCCCCAAGUUCGAGAAGCUUUCUGACACCUACACCGAUAUCGUCUUUGCCAAGAUUGACGUUGAGGAGGUUCCCGAUGUCGCUUCCGAUGUCAACAUCCGCGCUAUGCCCACUUUCUUGUUCUACAAGGAUGGCCAGAAGGUCGGCGAGGUUAUUGGUGCCAGUCUCCCCAAGCUUGAGGAGCAGCUCAAGGCUUUGAUUGCUUAAACAUAUCUCUUGUACAAUAUCAGUUUUGUAAAAACAAACAAAAAAUUACAAAAAGUCUUAUAAAUAUAUAUACAUACAUACAAAUCACAAAA